UGUAAAGUUAAUGAAAAUGUUGUAAUUUUUUAAAUUGCAAAAAAUAUGCUUAAAGCUCGUGCAGCAUUUACAUAAAAAGUAGGAAAACAUUUUGCAGUCGCGCAGUAAAGGAAUUUUUGUUACCGCUGCAGAAUAAGAAAAAUAUAUACACACAUAUACUUAGUGUGCGUUCAAGUGUGUGUGUGUGUGUGUCAGUGUGUUGUGUGCCAAUCGACGUCACAAAGUUGCGCGCGUUGGUGUGAGUGAGACGGUCUGUGCCUUGCACCCCCGGAAAUGUAACGCAAGCGAGAGCGAACAAAAAAAGAAAAACUUGCACCUGAAAAGUUUCGCAUUCGUGUGCGCUCGUGCGUCGUUGCAACAACUGCCCCGAGGGCAGCCAGAAAUUCUAAAAUACUAAAAGGCUAAGGCAACGCGAGCUAUCGAGCUGGAUCAAGUGCAGCCGUAUAACGUAUACAGCAUGGACUCGCUCAAGUUACCCAAAGGCAGCAGCGCGAACAGCAGCGCCAGUGGCAGCAACAGCAAUCUAUCUGGCUCACAAUCCUCACCCACAUCAGUCGGUCCGCCAGCAGGCAGCAGUGCUGCGCUCAAGUCCUCGCCACCAAAUCUGGGCAGCAGCACGCCCAUCUCGGUGCGUUUCAAUGCCAACGAGGAGUCGCUGGAUGACAUUUUGCAAUCCUUUCAUCAGAACUCAACGCAACAGCACAGCCAUAGCCAUAGCCACAGCCACAGUCAUAGUCACAGUCCCAGUGGCGGCGCCAGCGGUGGCGGCGAUGCCUCGCCCACUUCCAAUUUGCUGGGCAUUAAAAAUAACGGCACUAGCGUUGGCAACACGCUCGGCAUGAUGGUGAAUGCCUGCGACUCCCACUCGCUGUCCAGCAGUCCAAAUCAGCACACACAAAUGCAAAUGCAACAUCAACAUCACCAGCAGCAGCAACAACAACAGCAGCAGCAGCAGCAACAACAGCAGCAGCUUUAUGGUAACGAGGAGGUAAAUCUGCGCAACAACUAUAUGCAAAACGCUGGCGGCGGAGGUGGAGGCGGAGGAUUCUUCAAUCGCAAGAGAUCGGGCAGCAUCGAGGGCAUUUCGCUGACCACAAGUGGUCCCAACUCCCAAACGGCUGCUGCAGCCAGUGCAGCCGACUCGAAUACUGGAGGCACCUGGAAGCUAAUCAAGGGCAAGGUGACACAGACUAUCGAGGAUAUCAAAUCGUCCAAGCACUCCAGUUCGACGGCUAUACCCAUUAUAGUAGCAGAUACGUCAGCAUGGCUUAACGAAGCGGAUUCGGACACGGAGUGCACAACAAACAGCGAGCAAUUGCCGCAGCAGGCGCCACACAAAAAGGAACAAAACUCCGAUUCGGAUUUGGAGGACGUCGAGUUUUUGCAGCACGACAGCAGCAGCGUAGGCAGCGCCGAUCUCUUGCCUGCCAUAGCAGAGCGCUCCCGACUGCGGCGUGGCUUGGCGCACAUCAAGUCCAAAGUGAAGGCCAAGCAGCAAGCCGCCGCCAUGAGCAAGCGCGAGUUGAGCACAAAUCCCAGCAACACAUCAGCCAUACGCAGCGGCUUUCUGCGCCGACGCGUGGCGCAAGCAGAGGCGCAGACCGAGGCAAGCAGCGGCGCGCAGGCAGCCGAAGCAGCUGCUGCGCUGCCUGACAAUGUGGACGCAGCGGAAAGCAGCAGCAGGGCCAAGCGUGGCAUUAUGCUGGCCAAGAAGUAUGUGGAAAUCGAAUCCGGCGUAGAAGUGCUGGAGGACAUGAUACCCAGCUGCAGUGCCGAUGCGCCCAUGCUGGCCGAACCGCCACCAGCAACGCUAAGAGACAGCGACUUAUUUCUGUCCAGGGAGCGCGUCACGCUGGUGCUGCCACUGGAGCAGCAAGCGACGCACGAAAGCAGCGAGGAGGAGCUGUCAAACGAGCGGUACUCCAUAUUCAGCUCGCUGAGCAUUGUGGAGUGGCGCACGCACGGCUCGGCGCCCAUUGUGCUGCUGCUGUGCUUUGUGCUGCUCUUGGUGUGGCCCUUGCACGACUUUCUGCGCGGCAUUUUGGCCACCAUUGUCUUUAUAUUGCUUAUGGAUACGCUCUCGACUCAAGUGGCCUAUUUGCUGGAGCGUUUCAUACUCAAAACGCAUCCGGAGCGGCAGCCAUUCCAAAUACCCAACUAUGAUAAGCUGCCUAUAUGCGAAAUUCCCGCUGUGGAGGAGCACAAGACAAUUAAAACCUAUGCGGGCUGGCUGAACGAGAUCAACAGCUAUGAUCCCAAUACCUUUUCGUUUACCAUGACCAGAGCGGUCUAUGUGCGUCUGGAUGGCACCGUAAUCAAGUUAUCCGGCACCAAUGCGCGCAUACCCAAGCGUCGCAUGUGGAAUGAGCCCGCCAUCGAUCGCACCAAGGUGCUCUUCACCGAUCAUCGUUCGUAUGACUUGAAGCAUUGCCGCAUUGAGCUGCUGCCUGUAGGCUUGGCUAGAAAACGCUUCUUCAAUCGCAAAUAUCCCAUACAGUUGAUUAUCAAAAACAGCUGCAUUGAGUAUACCACACCAGCGGAGGAAACGGAGCUGCUAACGCAGUCGUCGCAUUUCAACAAAGCUUCAGGCUCUGCCACUCCAAAUAAUGCUGAGGAGACAGACAAAACCAAUGACUUUGCUGCCACAGUGCUGCAGGCAGAUCUCGAGCAGCUGCGCAACGAUGUCAAUCCCGACAAGGAGCUGCGUGACAUAACUGUGCCCUGUGGCGAGGAAGUGCGUCUGCUGCUUUUUGCACGCUGCGAUCGCGAAAAGGAGGAUUGGUAUCGUCGCUUUACAGCCGCUUCCAAGGGCAAAGUGCACGAGCAGGAGCUGCACAUGCCCAUGGCGCAUUUUGUGGAUGAUACGGAUUUGCAAGCGGUGGCAGCACAGCAAGCUAUAAAUCUAACCAUGGGCAAAUCUAAGAAAACCAUAAGAAUUGUGGACGCCAAAGAUGCCAAGGACAGCAAAGACUCCACAGAUUCUAAGGAGUCCAAGGAUGCUAAGCAUAGCAAAGAUUCAGAGGAGCAAGCAAAGGAACCUUCCGCUGCUUCCAGCUAUGCUGAAACUGAAGCUGAAACACCAGAUACUGUCUUUGAAGAGCUUGAUGCCGAUACGCCACCCGGCUCGCCCAAAGAAGGUUUCGAGGGCAUGAUAAUGAGCGCAGAUGUAGCCAGAAAUCCAGCUGAAUAUGUUAAAUUUAUGACAAUUUAUCAGCGAGCUUGCAGACAAGAUAAAAUACCCAUGUGUCAUACAUCACGCAUAGAUUCCACUACGGGCCGUCGUCAUAGAAAAUCUCGACGUGCCAAACGCAAGGAGGAUGAGCUCUGGAAGGGCAUCAAUCAGUCGCUGUUUCUGGGUCCUUCGGGCAGCGUAGUCUGGGCAAAUAUAUUGCUUGGACGUUGUCUCUUCAGCUGUCUGAAUGAUGCGAUGCUGCACGAGAAGAUCAAAGAGUUUAUGCAAAAGAAACUCAAUUCCAUUAAACUGCCUAGUUUCAUGGAAGAGGUUGUCAUUACCAACAUCUACUUGGGUGAAUUUCCUUUGCUCUUCCAUCGCAUUUCACAGCCCAUGCUGGAUGAGCGCGGUGUCUGGCUGGAUGCAGACUUGACUUAUGAGGGCCUGGCGCACAUUACUGUAACCACCAAGCUCAACUUAUUGCGCAUACGCAGCAAACCAAAGACGGCUGCCAAUCCAGAUACAGAUCCGGCUACAACAAUGGAGCCAGCGCCAGAUGCACGCAGCGGCAUGACAGAUGAGGAGAGCAAGGAUGCUAUUUAUGACAGCGAUGCGGAGAGUGUGGGUGGCAGCAGCAGUGAAUCGGAAAGUCCAACGCCACGUGCCACUCAGGAAAAUGCCAACAAUGAAUACUUUCAAAACUCGCCUGGCAAUGCGCGUCGUAUUUUCAAGAUUGUCGAUCGCAUUGCUGCCUCCAAUCUGUUUCAAUAUGCCACAGAGCUGCCGUAUGUGCAACGCGCCAUGGAGAACAUGAGCGCCAAUAUAACGCUGCGCGUUGAUUUGAAGGGCAUGGUGGCUCGUGGUACUUUAAACAUACCGCCACCACCCUCGGAUCGAGUCUGGAUGUGCUUUCGUGGACCGCCACGUUUGUGGAUCUCCACCAAGCCGCAAGUGGGUGAUAAAUCCGUCGAUUGGUCCAUUGUUACCAAUGUCAUUGAGAGCAAACUCUGCGAGGCGGUUAAUAAAUUCUUGGUCUAUCCCAACAUGGUGGACUUUACCAUUCCAUUCCUGAGCAAGCCCAACUAUGAGGACGAACCAACGACAUCUUCUUAUAUUUAAGUGUCAACAAUUUUUUGCUACCAAAAACUAUUUCAACAACUAUAAUUC